AAGCAUUGUCGAGGGAAUUGAAUGAGCUUGCGUUUAGUGUUUUCUCGCCGGAACUUUUAAUUGAAGUAAAUAAGCAAUAUGUUUACGUUGUGCGUGCUUAUUUCGUCGCUACUUCUGACGCUGCAGCUGGGUACAGCUUUAGAAUUUCAAGAUUGUGGAUCAAAGACGGGAAAAUUUACUCAAGUCACCAUUGAAGGCUGUGAUACCACAAAGCCGGAGUGCCUUCUACGACGAAAUACCAAUGUUUCAAUUUCGAUAGACUUUGCAUUGGCCGAGACGGCUUCGGCCGUUAAAACCGUUGUGCACGGCAAGGUUUUGGGCAUCGAAAUGCCUUUUCCACUCACUAAUCCCGAUGCCUGCCUUAACAGCGGACUCAAGUGUCCAUUAGAAAAUAACGAAGCUUAUAGAUAUACGGCCACGCUGCCUGUACUGAAGAGCUAUCCAAAGGUCUCAGUGCUAGUUAAAUGGGAGCUGAAGGACCAGAACAGUGUGGAUAUCGUAUGUGUUGAAAUUCCUGCUAAAAUACAAUAAUAUGCGGGCACUUGAAACUGUUCAACUUGCAUUGCUAUAUUCUUAUUGUAAUCUAAUUUAAAAUAAA